AUGGGUAAACCCAAAAACGCCGCGCCUCAACAUGGGCUCCAAAACCCUAACAAGAGAUCUCGCAACAGGUCCCUGUCCGGGUCUCCAUCGGAGGCACGACCGCCGAAGAAGACUCUCUUUGAACAUGACAUUCGAGAUUGGAAUCGUAUGAUGAAGGACUCGGCUCCCAGGCCAGAGGCACUACCAUUCACUGCCGUUCGGGACUAUAUAAACGGUUGCCGGAGCCCCUCUCCUCUAACAGACCAAAUCGACGGUUGGCUUGAAGACACAUAUCCCUCUGACAUCUAUCACAAUUACUUGUACUCAGAUAUCCUCAUCCAGAAUCCAUUACACAGACCUCAAGCAAGAUACGCACGAUCGGAACCUCCAAGUAUGGGUCGCCGCAACGUACGAGGCAAGAGAGUCCGGUUCAGCACCCGGGUCUCUACCAUCGGAUCCUCCAGUGCUGGAGCUACGCCCAGCGGGCGGAACGGGGUUUCGACAGCGGCUCCGGGAACUACUACUCCCAAACUCACUGGUACACUUGUAGAAAACGCCCAGUACGAAGACAUUAACCUAGCAGCGAACAACAUCAUCUACCGCGACCGCCGCGAAGAACUUCCAGAGCAUAUUUUACAACUUGUUGAGAUUAUCUCAGGUGAUCGGGAGUUACAAGAUUUAUCGGUCGAAGACGUCGAUGAUGACGAUGCCCUUGCUGAUCUGGAGCGUGGAGCCGGCGAGCCACAUGUCGAACAGUAUAUACAAAGCACACUUGUUACCUUGCCACCUCGAAACGACAUACUAAAGCGAAGUGACAAGAUCCCCAUGGCAAGGUGGACCGUACCCAACACUGGUACUGCCCAUCGAGUCAGCGGUCCUAUUCCGGACAUCCUCCUUGGCUACAAUCUCAAAGGCGCAUUUACGCCCGCCCAGCGAAGAUCAUCUUCGUGUGUCAACAUCGCUGACAUGUUGAACGAGGAGCUUAUGGAACGCGGACCCAAGGACAUGGAACCAAUCGGCAAUUCUGUUUUUAGUGUCUCUAUGAACGGAACAGAGGCGCGUCUAUGUAUUACAUGGAUGGAAGACGAAACCUUUUAUGUCCAAAAGAUCCGAACCUUUGCUCUUCAAGAAGCGCAGCAGUUGUUGGAGUUUCGCAAGUGCAUUCUCAACAUUAUGGACUACGGUCGGAACGUGCGUCUUGAGAGCAUUGGAUCUGCACUUGACCUUUUACCUGAGGAGACAUUGGAGAGCGUCAAAUCAAGGAGUGACCUCUUAUCCGAGGAGGGAUUGGAAAGCAUCAAAUCAGUACUUGACCUUGACCUCUUGUCUGAUGAGGAAUUGGAGGCCCAGGGAAUGAAUGUCCGGCGGCUGCGAAGUCGAAACAUACUGAGACCGUAA